AUUUUCUCUCCAGACCAGCAGAAGUACGUGCAAGAAUUGGAGCGGAAGGCUUCCUCUCUCACCCGUCUGAUCCAAGAUCUACGCCUCAGGCUACCUCCUCCUGACAUCUCCCAACGCCUCCCUCAUCUCCACGCCCACUCCCUCGCUUCUAAUGCCGCCCUCGCUCUCCAACUCAACGCUCACUCCGCGACUCGUGAGCAGGCCCAAACGAGGGAGGAGACACUGCAACAAGAAAACGCGGCAUAUGAAAAGGCUAUAUCAAAUUGUGAGAAUAAAAUGCAAGAGAAAGUGCAGGAAGUAGAUACACUUCGUUCAAAGUUAAAGGAGAUGGACGACAUUGAGAAAAGUCUAAAAGCUGAACUGGCAAAUGCACAGGCUGCAUUGGGUGUUAGUCAUUCUGGAAAGUCUGCUGACUCUGUGGUUGAAUCUACAGUGAGUGCUGAAAAUGAAGCCAGCAUAGAAGCUUCAAAAUCUGCGAUGCUAGACAAGUUAGAGAAGAAGAAAAAAGAAUUGAGCUCAAUUGAAGAGACAGUUCAAGAUUUAGAGAAUAAAUGGGAAAAUAUUCAGAACAAAGCAUUGAAACAGCCUUCUCUAGCACAAAGAGAGAAGGCGUUGGACAAACAACUACACAGCCUAAUUGAGCAACUAGCUGCAAAACAGGCACAAGCAGAAGGUCUUGUCAGUGAAAUUCAUUUGAAAGAGAAGGAACUAGAGAGGUUGAAUGGCUUGUGGACAAAGCUGGAAAUUAGUAAUGCAGAGGUCAAUACUGCUAGGAAUCGAUUUGGAAGAGGUGGUUCUGAUAAGGGAUCUUCCUCCGAUUUUUCUGUUGAUGCUCAUCACAAGCUUCCUUAUUACAGUGGUGGCCGGAGUGAGAAUCAGCAGAGACACAUGCUUCUCAGGUCGGCUUUUGUGAUCUACAUUUUAGCUUUGCACGUCCUGGUCUUCAUCAAGAUUUCAUUUUGAAGAACAUCUGAGGAUGUCCUUUGCAUACCGAAAAAUAUGUAUUCUUUCCACUGUAAUAUAAAUGUUACUGAAUUGUACCCUACAAUUUGUGUACAUAACACAGUGUUCUGCAUUGCAUCUUUUCCAAGUUUAUAGUUACUCCCA